AUGUCAAACUUGAGGAGGGUGUUGGAGAGGCAACAGAAAGAAAGGGAAGAAAUCCGGCGUAGAUGUGCUGAAGAAGAUCGAGACGCCGAUGAAGAAGAGGAACAAAUGCUUGCAGCAGCGGUGUGUAUGCUUAAUCAAUCAAGGCAACACCGUCGUCGUGCCCCGAAUGUGGACAGACGUAGGGAGUCUCGGGGGAAGAAUCUCUUGGAGGAUUACUUUAUCCCAAAUUCCUUAUAUCCUGUUUCUAAGUUUCGAGAGAGAUAUAGAAUGCAGCCACAGUUGUUCCAAAAAAUCAUGUAUGAUAUUUGUAAUUACGACACAUACUUCAUUCAAAAGCAUGAUGCUGUUGGAGUUUUGGGUCUUAUCCCGAAGCAAAAACUUACAGCUGCUUUGUGGAUGCUUGCUUAUGGGGCAUCUGCAGAGCAGGUGGAUGAGAUUGUAAGAAUGGGAAAAUCUACUAUCCUAGAGUCCUUGGUGAGAUUUUGUAACGUAGUGGAAAAUUUGUACACGAGGGAGUACCUUCGCAAACCCACGCCGAGGGACCUGCAAAGGCUUCUAAAAAAAGGAGAGUACGGGAAUCAGAAGGGGCAAAAAAGUAUAAUUUUGGAGGCCAUAGCUUCAUUCGACACUUGGGUUUCGCAUGCCUUCUUCGGGGUUGCCAGAUCUCAGAAUGACCUCAAUGUCUUUGGUCAAUCCCCGGUGUUCGACGAGGAAAGAAGCUUUGCUUCCUUUCAAGAAGGUUACAGGAAAGACAUGGAGAGGUGUUUUGAAGGUUAUAGGAAAGACGUGGAAAGGUGUUUCGGUAUCUUGCAAGCUCGUUGGGCAAUUAUUAGGGGUGCUGCUUGGAUGCUUGAUGAGGAGGUGCUGCGGAGCAUUAUGAUGACUUACAUCAUCCUCCGUAACAUGAUUGUGGAGGAUGAGUAUGAUUAUGAUGCUCUAGAGGUGUUUGAACCUGAUCCCAUGAACACGGCGUUGACAAGAAUAUAUGAAAGGCCGAUGGGACCAAAUGGACUACCAAUGGAGCCCGAUCCGUUACUUCGGGAUGGUCAAUUCAACAACCCCAGGAUUGAUCGUUAUCAAGAAAUGCAAUCUUCAUAUGUUCACGAUAGACGUCAAGUUGACUUGAUCGAGCACUUGUGGGAGAGGAAAGGCAAUCACAAUGGAUGA